UUCCCAUUUUCUCGAGAAACAAACAGAAAAUAUCACAAAAGGAGAUCAAGAGAUCCAAUCUCUUCGCCUCCAACACCAAAGGGGUGGCCUGACAUCAAAACACACACGCACACACUCACCACCGCAACAAUAAGAACCAUGUGGCGGAGACUGCUCUCUUCCUCUCAACUCAAAACCUUAACCCUAGCCGCCGCCGGUAGUGCAGCCGCUCCAUGCCGAUCGGCUGCUGGACCCGCCCGCUCUCUCCUCCACAAGCCCCUCCCUCUCCUCCCUAGCUACUUCAGCACCACCGCCGAAGCUGCGACGACUGGUGUGAAGAAGGUUGAGGAGGUACAGCCCAUUGCCACCGGCCACGAGCGAGAGGAGCUUGAAGCUGAACUUGAGGGAAGGGAUGUUCUAGAAAUCAACCAUCCUGUUGGUCCUUUUGGCACAAAGGAAGAACCUGCGGUUGUCAAGUCCUACUACGACAAGAGAAUAGUUGGGUGCCCUGGUGGUGAAGGCGAGGAUGAGCAUGAUGUUGUGUGGUUUUGGCUGGAGAAAGGCAAGCCACAUGAAUGCCCAGUCUGCGCACAAUACUUUGUGCUUGAAGUGGUUGGACCCGGUGGAUCUCCAGACCAUUCCGAUGACCAUCACUGAUUUGAAUCGACCAAAAUUCAGGAGGGAGAUGGAGAGACGAUAUCCAAUAUACGCUGCAGCUAUAACUUUCAAAAUAGGAAGCCUUUUGUUUUUGUUUGGUUGAUUGAUGUUUAGUUUUGUAAUUUGUGGCGGUUGCUUUUGCAACAUUUGAGAUAGAACCUCUGAUAAUUUAGACACAGGGAACAACCUUCCGGAACACUAUGGAUCUUCUUGUAAGGACGCCCUUCUCUGCAUUUGCCAAAAUAAUUGAUGGGUACUGCUUGUUCA